UGGUUAAAGCUGAAAACGACAGUUUUUUUUUUUACUUAACUGUUGCACUGAUACUGUCGACUAUUUUUAAGAGAUGAAAGUUGAUGGACGGUUAUGAACGUGUAACACUCAAGUUUCUUGUGGUUUUGCAGCUAUGACGUCCAGUAGCGUAUCUGACAUGAUGUGAUUUCGAAACGACUUUUUAAUAAUUAUAAACUAAACAAAGAAACAUCGUUUAUAAAUACGAUUUAAGUCCCACUAAAUGUUUGGCAUGGUCUGCUGCAAUGCUUUGUCUAUUUGUUUAGUUGCCAAGUGUCAUAUUUCUUCAGAAACUAAAAAGGCUAAUAAACAAAUGUGGAUUUAGUGGUAUUACUGCAGGGGUUGAGCAUGUAGUCUUUACCCUAUAACUUUAUAAUUAUCAGGGGAAGAGAAAGUAGGCCUAUCGAGAAACAAUGACCUCAACCCUUGAACGAAGACCGAGUUCCUUUCUGUUAACGUUGUUGUCAAACUAGUUUAUCCACUUUAAAUCCGCCCACGAUUCAUUCAAGGCCAGCGAUGCCUAUAGCUUGUACCCUCUACAGUCCUGCGUAUUCUGUGUUGGUACAUCAUCAGUCUUUUUGUGUCAUAUCAUUAAAAAAAAUUGUUCUCCAGAGACUGCAAUGUUUUGAAAGUCAAUUUUAGCCUCGGUGUUCACCGUCGCUCUUUUAUUUCAUCAGUGUGGAGCAGCAGUCAGGAUGAUCCCAGUGGGGGAAUUCAGAAACUUCGGGGCGGAGCAGAACUCAAAGUAUCGGGUCCUGAAACCGUGGUGGGAUGUUUUCUCAGAGUACCUGUGCGUUGCUAUGCUGAUGAUUGGCGUCUUUGGGUGCACCUUGCAGCUCACCCAAGACAAGAUUUCUUGCCUGCCCACCCCCUACACCAGCAAGAUGCCUGAAGCAGUCGACUGCAACUACAUCCGGACCUACAGGGACAACGAGACGUCACAGCACACAUUGGUCCUACCUGAAAAGCCCGUCAUCGUGGAGGUGUUUGGUCGCAGGAACAACCUGGAAAUCCCCCAGUAUGUGUUUGUCAACCACUAUUGCUACGAGAAGUUUGUCCACUGGUUUGCAAAGUUCUUCCCGUACCUCGUUGUGAUCCACACUAUGAUCUUCAUGGUAGCAAGCAGCUUCUGGUUCAAGUUCCCCGGGACGUCUUCUAAACUUGACCUGUUCGUUACCAUCCUUGGGAAGUGCUUCGAUUCUCCCUGGACCACAAGGGCCCUGAGUGAGGUUUCUGAGGAAAGAGGAGAGGAGAAGCUGGUUAGUUGGAGGAGGAACACCAUGUCAAAAGAUUCCACGGAUCGAAGAGCAGAUGACGAGGAGACUACUGGACUGCUUCUUCGCUCCUCGUCUGUCAAGUCUAACCCAGAAAAGAAAAACCCGGAGCUUCAGUCGGCCCCCUCCGUCUUGGAUAAGAAGGAGGGAGAGCAGGCCAAAGCUCUGUUUGAAAAGGUGAAGAAGUUCAGAACUCAUGUAGAGGAAGCAGACAUCUUGUAUGUCAUGUAUGUGCUACAAACGUCACUGAAAGUUUUCAAGUUCCUUGUAAUCAUUAUCUACACGGCGGUGCUGGUACCGAACAUCGAGAUAAUAGUGCGCUGUUAUGUUCCUCCUGAGCUGACUGGUUUUGAUAUCUAUUGCUGUAACCACACCAAAGCCCAUCUUUUCUCCAAGCUUGCCUACUGCUAUAUCUGCUUCGUGGGAGUGUACGGAGCUCUGUGCAUCUACACCCUCUACUGGCAGUUUCAUAGACCUCUGAAGGAGUACUCCUUUGAGCAGGUCCGACUGGAGACGGGCAUCAACGACAUACCGGAUGUGAAGAACGACUUUGCGUUCCUCCUGCACCUUGUGGACCAAUAUGAUGCUCUGUACUCUAAGAGAUUUGCCGUCUUUCUUUCCGAGGUCAGCGAGAGCCAUCUCCAUCAGGUCAACCUCAACUUCGUGUGGACCGCCAAAAAGCUGCGUACCCGCCUCGCCAGGAACUCCAGCAACCGGUUGGAGCUCCACCUUUCCAUGUUGCCGGGGCUCCCCGACACCGUCUUUGAGAUUCCUGAAGUGGAAUCGCUUAAACUGGAGCAAGUCAAUAAUGUCAUCAUCCCAGCUAGUGUAGCAAAGCUGGACUCUCUUCGGGAGUUAUCGCUGGUCUUCUGCCCUGCAAAGCUCCAGCUUUCUGCCCUGAACCACCUCAAGGCACAUUUAAAGGUCCUGUGUCUACAUUUUGAAAGUUUAGAAGAUGUGCCUAUGUGGAUGUACACCCUGCAUAGCUUGGAGGAGUUACAUCUGUGUGGUCCUUUAGUCAGUGAGGUGUCCAAAAGUGCCACCCUGGAAUCUCUUCGUCAGCUUAGAGCUCUGAGAGUCCUCGAUAUCCGCUCCAACCUUACUAAGAUCCCACCCAGCGUAGUGGAUCUUGCAUUGCAGCUGCAGCGGUUGUGCAUCUAUAACGAAGGCGUCAAGCUCCAAGCUUUUAGCAGCCUGAAGAAGUUAACCAACGUAGUCUCGCUGGAGCUGGUGGACUGCGAGCUGGAGCGCAUCCCAAGUGCCGUCUUCAGCCUGAGCAAUCUGCAGGAGUUGGACCUGAAGGAAAACAAACUCACCACUGUGGAGGAGAUCCUGAGCUUGCAGCACUGCCACCGAUUGGUGACACUAAAACUGUGGCACAACAAAAUCACUUACAUCCCUGAUCACAUCAGUAAGCUGCACACCCUGGAGUCACUGGACGUUAGCUGGAACAAGCUACGAAAGCUUCCCUCUCGGCUGUUUUAUUGCACCAAACUCAGGCACCUCGAUGUCUCCCACAACCAGCUCACCACUCUUCCUCCUGAGGUGGGCAUCCUGCAGGGCCUCCAGUUCUUCUCCGCUGCUUUCAACUUCCUAGAGAUGCUGCCAGAGGAGCUGUUCUCCUGUAAAAGGCUAAAGACGUUGGUUCUCGGAAACAACUGCCUGUCGGAUCUCAGCUCCAGAGUGGCCAGCCUGGCCCAGCUGGUCCGGCUGGAGGUUAAAGGGAACCGUCUGGAGUCCCUACCUGUGGAGAUAGGGAACUGUCCCCUGCUGAAUCUCAGCGGACUGAUAGUGGAGGACAACCUGCUGGAUCUGCUGCCAUCAGAUGUACGAAGCAAGUUGACUAAUCGCUGAGUUUGUGGAGCUAAGGGCUGUUGCUGACUGAAAGAGAAACCAUAACCAAUGAUUGACCACGAAAGGACAACCAAACACUAGAAAACAUAUCUAUAAAACCAGUCAUCAUGAAAUGUGCAUUCAAAUAUGUGUCAAUGAGUGAAAAAUCAACCAUAACAAUGCCUUUUUUUAUACUGUUGACAAGACAAGGGCUCAACACUUUACACGAAUAAAAUAGUGUCUUCUCUGUUUACUGAAUAUUUUGUGGAUUCUACAGAGCACAAGUCAGGGGAUUUGUAACCGUGCCGUAUCCCGUUGGACAGGUUUACACGGCAUGAGCGGGUGUUUCCCACAGUGCGGUGGCUCAUGUUGCUCCCCUUUCAGACACUGAACAAGUGGAGGGAGAAAAAGCCUUUCAGUAGCAGAAUAAAAGGUAUUCAUCUCUCUGUUUACACAUUCAGUCAAACAGAGAAGACUGAAAUCAUUCGUGGGAUUAUAAAUCAGAAGUCAAGUCAGCAAGAUAUUAAGCGAUACAAUAAUUAACAGAGAGAAAUAUAAUAAAACUGCUGUCUUUUAAAAUACCUUUUGGAUGAGUGAUUGAGUGUACGUUCUUCUCUGUUUCAUUAUAUUAAGAAUGAUUUCCUGUUAAGCAGCUGGAACUUAAACAGUGAGAUGUAAAUAUGACCUAAAAAUACAAUGUUUAUCUGAUUGCACAUUCUGAACAUCACACUCUGGCCCAAAUACAAUUACAGUGCCUUUUGAACACACUGACGCAAGACAAUAAAAUGACUUAAAGGCUGCUAAACUGGAGGUCAUUGUAGCUGCUCGUGUGUAGUUUUAGGAUGAAGGAUACAUUAGGUGCUUUCAGUUGGAGUUUACUCUGCUCAGUCUAUCUUAAACAAACAAGUGCACACUCUGUUUCUUCCUGUAUUCUUCAUUUGUUUCCCGCCCUUGUUCCCUCUGUGUACUUCUAUGCCUCAGCAUACACUUUUCCGCAUGAACUGCAGUGCUGUCAUGUCCUGGCUUGCAUGGCGAUAAAAUGGGAUCCUGUCAGUAAUUUUACAGACAUACCUCAGUAAUACUGGUGAAUACACUGACCUUCCUACACUGCCACACAGCUCCAAAGGUCGUAAGAAAGAAUUACGUUUAUUUUGUCAAUAUUUUAUCAUUUAGUUGGAUUUCAGCAGAGUACAGCACUGAAAUGUGUCCCCCCCCACACACACACAAAAAGCUGCUAAUGUCAUAAUGCUUUGUCAAUCAUUUGCUUAUGUAUUUUCCUCUCUGAAGGCGGCAGCCAAGUGUGUCACCAGCAUUAACCCAAACAGAUGAGAUAGUAUCAUUGUGACUAAGGCUUGGCUGGAAACAACAACAUGUUAUGUCUCCAGGGGUGUUGCUUUAAGUUGUCAGAGGUGAUAUCUUCAGUCAGACUUGAGUCUGAAAUGGUGCCAGAGUCAUACUUGUGGACUGUGCCUUUACGUCUGCCUUUACUGAUGCAGUAUUUACAUUUUAAAAUCAGAUUGGGAAGCUCCUUACUGCCUUGAGAAGCUCUGAUUUAAGGUCUGAAAUGUCCGGAUGUUGUUUUUCUGCAGGCUGUGAUUCCCUGCAGCUUGAUUUACUGAGUUGAAGAGUGGACAGUUUACAGUGACUCACCAUCUCUGAUUUCACCACAAGUUUUCAGUAUGACAGUAAAGUGGUGUCAAAGUUCACAACUCAUCAAACGCUU